AUGUUCACUGAUUCCCACUCCUCCGAGGGUUGUGGUUCCGACUCGCUCUCUGGUCCCUUCAAACGGUGGAGCACGGGCCGCGCCAGCCCUGACCUCAAGGUCACCGGCGCCCGGGGCCAGCCCUCCCACGCGCUCCUCGCCUCUGUGGAUUGCCUGCUCUUGUUUUCCGGUGUGAGGGGUUGCAAAGCCAGGCCUUCCUUUGGCUGGGGAGAAAGCAAACAGUCCUACAAAGCCCUUAAGGGAAACAUCAAACCAGACUGGCCGCUGGGUGGGCUGGAACUCGGGAUACAGCACGCGUCGCAGAGAGAGGCUGGCUCCCUGCGGGAACAAGAGUUGGAAAUACCCGUUUUGGUUCUUCGUGUUCCAGAGUUCUCGGCCUGCGCUGGAGUCGCAGGUUCUGGUGCCGGGAUCCUGCGGCCACUGGUCAUACACCACCACCUUUGGGACUUUGAUCGUAUAAUGCACGUAGCACAAAAGAUGGAGGCAUUCUCUGUGUGCUCGAGUGACUUGGAAGUGGAGAUGGUGGCAAAUGAGCUGGCGGCCCUGCUGCAGUCUGAUCCCAGGGCUCAGCAAAUACUUGUUGGUUCCUGGGGCGGUUUCAUUCAGACACUGAACGUUUGUUGGGAGAGCCCGGCGGGCGGGCCUGUCAACAGUAGAGGUGCAUGUUCAAAUGAUGAAAUUUUCGCCCCGCGCCGGCCCCUCGCGGACCGGGAGCGCUCGCUCGCGGGGCCCUGCGUCCCCCUGGCCGGGCACAGCCGAGUGGCCGCCCUCGCUUCCUCCCGGAGAGAGCUAAGCCUCUCUGCUGGGAGCCUGCAGCUGGAGAUGUGGAGCAAAAAAGGGGGGGACUUCGCCUCUUGCGGGAACAGGAAGUUCUACUUCGACACCCAUGCCUUAGUGUGCUUACUCCAAGAAAAUGGGUUUACCACGCAGCAAGCCGAAAUCACCGUCUCUGCAUUGGUCAAGAUCACGGAUGCCAACAUGGAUAUCGUCUAUAAGGAUAUGGUCACGAAGAUGCAGCAGGAGAUCACUGUUCAGCAACUAAUGUCUCAGAUUGCCAAUGUGAAAAAAGAUAUGAUUAUCUUGGAGAAGAGUGAAUUUUCAGCCCUCAGAGCAGAAAAUGAGAAAAUGAACCUCGAGCUACAUCGGUUAAAACAACAAAUAAUGGAUGAAGUGGUCAAAGUCCGAACAGAUACCAAAUUAGAGUUCAAUCUAGAAAAGAGCAGAGUGAAGGAAUUGUAUUCGUUGAAUGAAAGGAAGCUGCUGGAAAUGAGGACAGAAAUGGUGGCAUUGCAUGCCCAGCAUCGGGCUGUCACCCAGACCGACCGGAAGAUAGACACUGAGGUCGCCGGCCUCAAAACCAUGCUGGAGUCGCACAAUCUCGACAACAUUAAAUAUUUAGCAGGGUCUGCAUUUACGUGCCUAACAGUAGCUCUGGGAUUUUAUCGCCUGUGGAUGUAAUAAAGUGUCUAUUUAAAGAAAUCCUUACCAUUUCGCCUUAAGAAAACCAGAUUGCUGUCCUCCCCAUUCCCCACCUCGACCCAUUUCCAAAUUUUAACCUUGGUUUUGAUUUAA